GCAACCAUUUUUGUGAGAUUGCAUUUCGGGUUCGGCUCUCGGUGAGAUUCUUUUCGAAAAUUCCUUGAUCUGCGUGGCUUAACAGCGACAGGACGUCGUCGAGACACGAACGGAACCACUCGCUCUGAAGUCAACGAGUCCCACGUUUUCGCAAAAAAGCGAAAUGUCAUCAGGAUAAAAGUCCGAAGGAUGCUCUGAAUGGAAUUACUCUUUCGCGGCUAAGUGGACGUUCUGUCAAUGCAAGGUGCUAAUUCGUCGGAAAUACGGCUCGAAAGGAGAUUUACGAAAAGGGUUGGCGCUUCGCGGUGUGUCGCUGUCACGCGCGGCGCACCUAUCAAACUAGAUGAGUGUCGCACGCGUGAUCUUACGCUAUGCGGACGAUUAACCAAUCUUCCACACGUUCUUUCGUGAUACACUAGUCAAUAAACUAGGCCGAAGGCUGUUAAUCAUUAGAGUGGAUUGAUCAGAUCAUUGGACAAUGGCUACCAGCUUCGAUCAGUACGACAAGUCCAGUUGGUACUUCGGCGCGAUGUCAAGGCAAGAUGCGUCGGAUUUACUGAUGGGUGAGAAGGAAGGAGGAGUAUUUUUGGUACGUGACAGCACAUCCAUACACGGAGACUUUGUUCUCUGUGUACGGGAAGAUAGCAAGGUCAGCCACUAUAUAAUAAACAAAAUUCAACAAGGCGAUCAAGUGCGCUAUCGCAUCGGCGAUCAAGUGUUUCCAGAUAUUCCAAAUCUUUUGGCCUUUUACAAACUGCAUUACCUUGACACCACGCCACUGAUCAGGCCUGCUUCCAGAAAAAUUCAAAGGGUGAUUGCUAAGUACGACUUUGAAGGCCAUGACUCUGAUGAUUUACCCUUUAGAAAAGGGGAAAUUCUCACCGUGAUCUCAAAGGAUGAAGAACAAUGGUGGACGGCAAGGAAUAAUCUUGGACAAACGGGGUCAGUGCCAGUCCCUUAUGUUCAAAAAUAUGAAGAAGAUGGUAACACAGUGAUUGAAAAUUCGCGGCCUGAAAGUGGAGGCAGUAGUGGAUCGAAUUCUAGUUUAGCUCAACCUCCAACUCAAGCACAUCAUCAGGAGACUAGCCAAGCAACGGUCACGCGGCGAUCCAAUAUCCAACGAACACUGCCAGCUUUUGCAAAAGUCAAACAAGCUCGAGUACCGAAUGCUUAUGACAAAACAGCUUUAAAAUUGGAAGUUGGAGAUAUGAUUAAAGUAACAAAAACCAACAUUAAUGGACAGUGGGAAGGAGAGCUCCAUGGAAAAGUGGGUCAUUUUCCAUUUACGCAUGUCGAGUUUGUGGACAAUGAAACUGGCGAAGAUAAUCAAGAGAUUUAACAGAGUUUCUCUGCUGACAAGAAAAAUGUACUCUGACGAUCAAGGGAGGUAAUGUGAGAAUUUUUCAUUUAUACUAUGGCAGCUGUAUGCAAUGAUAGAAAAAAAAAUUUAAUUUACAAGACUCCAUGUUUAAGGAAUCAGUUGUUCAGAAAUUCUCUCGCAUUAUAUUGCACGAACGGCGAGAGAUUAGUUUACCGUUGUGAGGACAAUCUGCUUAAUUUAAUUGAGUAUCGAGUGAAAAAUGUCUCAGUUAUCUUCACUUGUGUUGCAGGAUUUUUAUCUCUAACAAAAGAGAAUUCUGGUUACUUCAAUGUAACUAAUCUCUCGGUCUUGUAAUGGGUACAAUUUUCUUCAUUGGCCAGAAAUUUUGCUAUCAGAUGAAACAUAUCUCGAACCAAAAAAUGAUUGCCAGUGAUGAGAAAUCCAAAAAAGAAUUGAAAUUUGAUGAAUUUCACCCAGGGCAACCAUAUUGGCCUAAAGAAAAAUGAAAGAAAAUUUUAAUUCGAUUCCACAAUUCAAAGCCUCUUAUUGAAACGCUUCAAUGCAUUUCAUCCACGGCAUUUGACACUUCCAUCGUUCUUCAAGCGUACGUACGUGAUUAUCCAGGAUCUUCCUAAUAAGCACAGUAUUAAAGAUACAAUUGAACUGGAAGUAGAUCAUAUCGGUGAUAUCGCUAUACACAGGGAACAUAAUGAAACGUGUACCAUAAACUAAGAUGUUUCCAAAUUGGUCUCUGUUAAAAGUAUACCAGUGUUAGAGUUUAAAAUAUGUGACAGUCUUCAAAAUCAGAGUGAAUUAAGUUAAAUAAUCUCACUUAUUUGAUAGGGCAGUGCAUUCAUAUUUUAAAAUUUAUUACAUACCUGAUUAAUGACUGCCAGAUCUUUUAGCAUUUACCACACUGUAUAUUUUUCAUGGAGGUCGAUUAGAGAUGGCUCUUAUUCCUUGCUGGAUUUCACUACAUUUUUUAUAUGCACUUUCACCAAACUCACCCGAUAUAUGCAUAGCCAGGUAGAACACACGAAAACAUCAAGUUAACCUUUGGACUCGAAGCGAUCCAAUUUCUUCACAUUUAAUCGCGCACUACCUUCAGAGCCUUAAAGAAGUCAAACGCACAGUGGAGGAUUUAACAAAGCAUAGGCAGUUUUUUUGGCAGCACAUUGCGGUCUAGCCAUACUUGUAUAAAGCAAAAUAAUAGAACGUGCCAUUAUGUAUAUUUUACCAUUAGGUAUCAAUAUUCCAAAAAUGCGGUGCUUGAUAACUUUAAACACGCACCGCCGUGUGUAGUGACAUCUUUACAUGUACGUUCGAAAUUGUCAAGUUAAUGAGCCAUUCAGCUAAACGCAUAAUAGCUAAACGAUUACCUUGUAUAUGAAUCGAUUAAGACGGUAGUUUUACGAAUUCAAUGUUGUAUUAUUUGAGUAAAGUAAACGACCACGGUUGUAUCAUAAGCGUGUCUGUCAUUUCGUAUCGAUUACAUCGACCAAGGUUCGAAGAUUUCUUUAGACCUUUGGCUCUAUACGAGACACAUAUUCAUAAAUAAAUCUAUACGUGGUGUAAUAAUACAAUAAUGUAUAUUUUUCUAAGCGUAUGCACGCAUCCACAUUUUUUUUUAUAGCCAAUCGACCCCGUUAUCUAGGCAAAACGAGGUAGAAGUAGAUACCUAUUAGGUAGAUAAGUGACUGUGUUGUAAUUUAUAACGAAUCAUUGUACUGUAAUAUCCAAUCACUGCAAACAAUAAAAGAAAGUGUAAUAUUGA